GUGUUCGUAGUAUAAGUGUAGUAGUGAGACGUAAGAAUAUUUCUCGAAGUUUUAAGUUCUAGUGAUUUCUGGUGAGUUUUCCUGUUAUUAAUCAAUUUUCCUGUUUAAUUACUUAGAACCUCAAAAUGUCUCAAUUGUGUGUCGUAAAACAUUGCCGAUCGCAAAGUAGUCGUAAAAACAUCUCCCUAUAUCCCUUUCCUAACAAUAAAAAUUUACGGAAAGCCUGGCUCGAUGCUAUUCCUGUUGCGAAAAAUUGGACAUUAAAGAAGGAUUCAAAAAUUUGCGAAAUUCACUUCAAAGAUGAUGAUUUUCAACCUAGAUUUGAGAAGAAGACGAAGAAACUACUAAAGAAGAGUGCUAUUCCCAGUAUUUUUCAUUCAAAUCGAGAAUCUACUACAAAUUUUCGAUGUGUGGCGCCAGGUUGCAGAAGCAACAAGGCAGAUUCUGGUAAAAAAGGAUUAAUUCCAUUCCUAAGUUUUCCGGAAAAUCCGGAACUUAGGCAGAAAUGGAUGGUUAGUCUAGGUCAACCACCUGACACAAAGCCGUCAAUUAAAUCUCGCGUUUGCUUGAAUCACUUUAAACUGGAGGAUAUUAUGCGAUUCUUGAUGAUUGAUGGCGUUGAAACAAGCAUUCCACGUGGUAAGGUUACGGUGAAGCCAGAUGCAGUUCCAACUGAAUAUCCCGGAACUAACCACAACAUAUACAACUGUACUGAAUCCAAUUUGAAUAAUAUCUGCGCUGUGCAGGAUUGUCGAUCUCACUUAAGUAUGAGGGAAGUGGAGUUAUUUUCAAUUCCUUCAGUUCCCGAUCUUCAGACAAAAUGGAGUCGUGUAACACCAUGGCGUCUCAACUGGAAGUUUACGCCAAACAUGAAAGUUUGUAGUGAACACUUUGUAACAGGAGACUUUCACCGACGUGCUAAAACUGAUCGAUUGACACUAAAGGAGCACGCGGUACCGUCCAUUUUCCCUGGGAAAAAGAAAACGGAUGUGGAUAUGGUAAAAAUAUGUGCUGAAAUACAGAAGCAGAAGGAAAUGGAGGAGAACGAAAAACGCCAUCUUGAAGAUCUUGUUUCAAACUUUGAUAAGUUGAUUGAAAAUUAUCGUGAACGCAUUGAUCGGCAAACGCUUGCGAUCUAUCGUGCGAGAAUAUCAAGCAAAUGGAUAACAUUUUACAGGAUGGGUUUUAAAGAUGGCGUCCCUGAGGUUGAGGCUACUGUGAAUAUAUCCGAUAAAAUGGAUAUUUCCGUCUUUGUGAAGAACCAGCGGAUAGAUUUAAAGUAUUUUGACUCAAUUUUCAACACAAAUGGAGUUUAUUUGUACUAUUCUCAACUUGAAAAUCUCCUAAAGGCCAUUCCGUCGGAUUUCAAGCCCAAUACGGAUGUUAAUUUGAUGCCAAAGGAAAAUGUUGACAUAUUGAAGAAAUCCCUCAAUAGCAUGAUUGAAGAAUGUGAUCAUUACGAUGAUGAUGAUGCCAAUGAUGUACAGAGAAGACUACAUCGGAUAUAUGAUCAAAUAUGUACAGCAACAAAAGACAAAAAGAGAAAUUACUCAAUUGACACGAUUAUAGAGGGCGCUAGGAUUCUCGGAAGAUAUCCGGAAUGCUAUGAAAUGGCGCGAAAGCUAGUUACGUAUCCGCCAAAACUGCUACAAAUCUACUACAUGGCUAAAGAUGAUACAAACUAUCCAAUUAAUGAGAAGAGCAAGAGGGAAGCCAUGCAAAAUAAUUCCGGAUCAGUGGAAAAUAAUUCCGGACCAAUGGAAAACACUUGAGGAAUAGAAAAUAAAUGUCUUUUUCAUCUAUUUCUGUUUAAAAUAUUCUAAUUUGUUUUUUUUUUUUAUUUUGAAAUUGAAUUUUUUGCAAGAGAGAAUUGAAAUAAAAUAAACUAAUAACUUUGGAGAAAA